AUGACCGUCUGUCACCACGUCGUCCUCCCGCUCUUCUCCCUUUUCUUGACGGCUGCUUAUGCCCAACAACGACGCAAUGUCACCGUCGACGAUACCAGCUCGCUCAUAAGCUACACGCCAGAUGCAAGCUGGCUAUUAAUUGUGGGCGAUAUGUCUGCGGGAGGGUCCCAUAGACUGGCGAUGAGCAGCAGCGCGUUCGCGACAAUUACUUACACGUUUGCGUCAUUCUAUUUUAUUUCGCCCAAAUGGCCUUAUCGAGUCACGACCCGGCUUACCAUCGAUGGUCAACGAACAAUGCUCCUCGACCUGCAAGACAACUCUAUGCCCAUCGAUGUAAACGAUGGAAUGGUUCGAUCCAGUGUCGUCGGUUACUACGAAGGAACAACGAACAUAGAACAUACAAUUCGAGUUUCUGUUCCGCCAGGAGACCCCUACGCCGUCGUCGACAUGUUCAUCUUUGAGGUUAUUGACCCAGCGUCGUCCAGCUCACUGUCCACAAGCUCUUCAUCGACGCAAGACCCAACGACGACAGUAAACAGUACGACAGUCACUCCUCCUCCCACGAAUUCGGCUGGGACAGGCGGAGGUAAUCAUUCUUCGUCUGGUACAAUGCGUCCCCUUACUAUCGCGUUGGGUGUCGUAGGCCCAAUUUACGCUCUCCUCCUACUGUUCCUCGCUUGGUGGUUCUGCCUCCGCCGAAAAAAGCAUCAGACUGACAACCCCACUUCGAAACCCAUCGUCGAUCCCAACAUCCCCGGCUACCUGCCCUCCGAUCCUUCAAGUUCGUCCUGGUACGGAGGAGCAUCCGAGACCGGAGGCCGAUACACAUCUGUUCCCAUGUCCGAUUCAGGAGGAUACACUGGAACAAGCGGAACGAUCUCCGCGUACGGUCCCUUCAUCCCUUAUAUUCCUCCCACCCCUCCAGUGCCGAUGUCCGAACGGACGGGUUCAGGGCCUUCAAGCGCAUACCAGGCAGGAGUUCUCGCUGGUCGGGAAGGUGACGAUGGGUACGACCCAUAUGAUCCAGAACAUCAAGCGCUGUCGACGGUGGCCUGUACUACUGGGGCGACCAUCAACGAUCCCAAUGUGUCCUAUAGAGAAGGUUUGGCGAGUCUAGCUGCAGCGACUGUGGCUCCUCUCCAAGUACGAAAUAAAUCCGGGACGUCGAGACCCCAGACAGGACAAAGUUCACUGGAAGCUCCAGAUGAAGAGCUGCCUGGGUACAGUCCAGGAGAAUAUAAAUUCUUGCAAGCUUCGGGCGAUUACAAGGGAGAUUCGUUCAAACGAACGCCAAGUCGAUCGCAACCAAGCCUUCGCCAGUACGCUCCUGGCGGGCCCUCUUCUUUGGAACAUGCGAGUAGCCAACCUGAUCAGAACGGGAGUGCGAAUAGACAAGGAGCAUUAGGCUCAACGACCUCAGGACGGCAGGCCGGGGACACAUGGGCUGCGGGAAAGCCCCAACCAUUGGAAUUCGUUCCGGUUCUGUAG